CAAGAGCGCACCCGGUCUCGGCAACAUUCGGAAGGAGAAAUCUCGCCUCAAGGAAUUCGAACGGCUUUCUUGUCUACCAACUCCAGCGCUUGCCUUCGCACUCCUUGACCAACCGACCGUAAAUUUGUCCAGUGUCUGUGGCCAUUUCGUUAACGUUGUGAGCGACGAUAUCGGACGACGGACUAUGCUCGGAGGCACGCUGAAGGGCUGGCACCAAUUGGCGAAACGAUGACUCGGAAGAUCGACGAUACGGAUAAGAGCUUUGAUACAUGUCGUGCUUGAGUUUAACGUCCACGUUGCAGCUGCUCGUCGUCCCACCACAAGUCUGCUGUGUAGCCAGAUUACAACAAGAUGGUUUAUCGGAUACUCGUCGCAUCGUACACAAACUCGAUAACCACACUCCUCUUCGACCCAUCAAAGCCAUCCCUCAGCGUCACAUCCUCCAUAGAAGUCGGCUUCCACCCAUCCUGGAUCACUCCUCAUCCAGGCGAUACAUCCAUUGUAUUCACGGGCUUGGAGGACACGGUUGGGAAGAUAAUCACUUUGAAGUACGAUGAGGACGGAAAGGGCACGGUUCUGGGUGAAAUAGAAUCUGGCGGAGAUUCGCCUGCUUCGCUGCUAGCGGUGGAUGGAACCUUGCUCGUCGGAAACUACAUGUCAGGAAACGUACUUCAAGUGCCCCUAUCUUCCAAACCACCAUACCUUCCGGCUUCGACCGCCUGUAAAGCCGUUUCGUUCACGGGGACCGGUCCUGAUAAAGAUCGUCAAGAGUCUUCGCAUCCGCAUCAGGUUGUUUUCGUACCAGAAUUGAACGAAGUGUUGAUCCCAGACCUCGGAGCUGAUAAAACGUGGCGGUUGAAGAGAAACGAAGAGGGAAUUUGGACAGUCGUUGGUCAUGUCGACUACGAGCCUGGCAGUGGCCCCAGACAUCUGGUUUACUCUGACGGCAUCCUAUACACCCUCCUGGAGCUAACAAGCCACGUCGCAACCCAUCUUCUUCCUCCCCUUCCCGCCUCCCCCACACUUCUCUCUUCAACAUCAACGAUGUUCAACCCUCCUCCCAACCUCGGCCUCAUGCUCGCCGCCGAAAUCUUCCUCUCAGUCCCGACUCCGUCCUUCCCCACGCCCUACCUCUACGUCUCCAACCGCAACGAUUCGUCUCCUCUAGGCGAUACCAUCGCCAUCUACAGCCUCGAAAACCCGAGAGAGCCGAAACUGGUGAGCGAGCCGCGGACGGGCUUGACGCACCUGAGAGGGAUGGUUCUGGGCGGCAUGGGAGAGGGAGAAGAGGGGAAGUGGAUUGUUGCGGGGGGCGUUACUGAGGGGGGUGUGAAGGUGUUUGAGAGGGUGGAGGGAGGGAAGGGAGUGAGGGAGGUGGCGAAGUGUGAGGUUGAGAAGCCGACUGGGUUCCAUUGGCUUUGAGGCGCGUCUGAGUAUGAAUAGAAGAAGUAUAGUCGCGAAUGACUUGUGACCCUAUGUACUUUUUACCUGGGCAGUUCACUGAGAUCGUUAUGGGCGUAUAGAAUAGGACUGUCACUGGCG